AUGCAGAUUGUACCGAAUCUGGUGCGAAUUUUGAAAAACCUGAUCCUAGCCGGUUACUCGCCGGAGCACGACGUGAGCGGCGUUAGUGAUCCGUUCCUGCAGGUGAAAAUACUUCGUCUGCUAAGAAUACUGGGCCACAACGAUCCGGAUGCGUCGGAAGCCAUGAACGACAUCCUGGCACAGGUGGCCACCAACACGGAGACGAGCAAAAACGUGGGCAACACGAUCCUCUACGAGACGGUGCUCUCCAUCAUGGACAUCAAAUCCGAGGGUGGCCUGCGUGUGCUGGCGGUCAACAUUCUCGGGCGGUUUCUGUUGAAUAGCGACAAGAACAUUCGGUACGUGGCGCUCAACACACUGCUGCGGACGGUGCACGCCGACAUUUCCGCCGUCCAGCGUCACCGGAGUACGAUACUGGAGUGCCUGAAGGACCCGGACGUUUCGAUCAGACGCCGCGCGAUGGAGCUCUCGUUUGCGCUGAUCAACUCGCAGAACAUACGCGCGAUGUCCAAGGAACUGCUGGUGUUUCUCGAGAAGGCCGACCCGGAGUUUAAGGCACAGUGCAGUAGCCGGAUGGUGCACGUGGCCGAGCGGUACGCUACCUCCAUUCGCUGGCGAUUGGACACGCUGCUCAGUGUGCUGAUUGCGGCCGGGAAUUACGUGCGGGAUGAUGUCGUUUCGUCGACGAUUCAUCUCAUCCUCAACAGUCCACCGGAGGAGCAGGCGUACAUCGGGCAGCGGCUGUGGAGCUCGGUUCACAACGGGGCCAACUCGGAGGAGAAGCAACCGUUGCUUCAGGUGGCCGUGUGGACUAUCGGCGAGUACGGUGAUCUGGUGCUGAGCUCGGAACGGAUCGAAGAUGUUGAAAUUCCUGCAGAACACCAGCUCGUGGACAUCUACCAGCGGCUGCUCUGGUCCACCUCGGUGUCGACCACGACCAAACAGUACACCCUGGUUUCCCUGGCCAAGCUGAGCACCCGGAUUCACUCGAAAGAAGAGGAAUCGCGAGUGAAACAAAUUAUCGAAGCGUUUGGUUCGCACCUGAACAUCGACCUGCAACAGCGAGGGGUCGAAUUUUCGCAGCUCUUUCGCGAGUACAGCCACCUGAGGCCGGCGCUGCUGGAAAAGAUGCCCAAAAUACAGAAAUCCCUCCCAAACGGUACCGAGCUUGAGGGUGGCGCAUUCGAUGACCAGCAGCCAAGCAUCGAUCUGAUCGAGGGCGGUGACGAUGGUGGUGUCGGCGACAUCGGAACGCUCAUGAUUAGCACAACGCAGAACGUGGGCACUAAAGUGAGCUCGGAUUCGCGUGCGCUGCUUGAUCUGCUCGGUGGCGGUGACGAUCCUAUCGAUGGGCUCGGUAUGACACCUGCGGCGGAUGUACUGAUUUCGGGUCCGGCAACGAACGGCAAAUCGGGCGCCAGUACGCUACCGACGACCGCUGGUAACAACCAGGAUCUGCUCGAUUUGCUCGGCAGCCUCGAUAUGCCGGCCAGUACGCCACCGGCGGCCGUUAGUUCAUCGGUCACGGGAGGUGCUACAAUUCCGCUUGGCGGCUCCGCUGCUGGCAUCGGGCUAGAUCUGAACAGUUUGAACGACAAUAGCAUUAAGAACGGUCUCCCCACCGCGGCCAUCGGCAUCGGUGGCACCAACACACUGUUAGCAAAUUCCGCUUCCUUCGGUGGGCUCGAUAAUCUGCUGAACUCUAACCUGUCGCCGGCCAUUGUUGCACCGUCGGCCAUCGGUGGUAUCGUUGGUUCGUUGGGUUCACCGCUUGCCAGUUUGGAUGGACUAACGUCUCCCACGUCACCGCCGAUGACGAUGACGAUGGCAGACAUUAACACCAACAGUAGCAGCUUAUUCAGUGACUUCUCCGCCGCUGCCAUCAACAACAACGAUGAAAACGCAAAAAUACUGACGGCUUUGGACAAAAAUGGCAUUCUGGUGCAGCUGUCGGCGAAAAUCUCCGGAGGAUCGUUGCAGAUUCUGAUGACGGCAACCAACAAUUCGCUUACCACACUCGAGCAGUAUCUGUUUCAGGCCGCAGUACCCAGAAGCUUCACGCUGCAGAUGCUUUCCCCGUCUGGAUCUACCCUGGCUCCCGGUGGUACCAUAACGCAGGAAAUGCGGGUCACCAGUACCGCAAAGGCGACGUUAAGAAUGCGACUUCGAAUAUCGUACCACUCGGACGGUAAUCCGAUACAGGAGCAAACGGAAGUCACUGGCUUUCCGGAGGAGCCCACCGAAUGAGAUCGACCGACCGAGAACGACCGGACGCAUGAUCGCCGAAAGUGUCCAGGGAACAGUCGGCAGUCAACAGUGUGUCGCCAAGCUCGGGGUCCUUGGACCUCCGAAACGCUGCCGGUGCGAUAUCCGUUCCGCUUCCCUGAACCCGGCUCGAUCGUUGGUUGAACGAUCGAGGACAUUUGCUCCGGGGCUGGUGAUAGUUUUAUUUUCCUAUCGGCGUAUUGUUUUCUACUUAAUUUAUCAACCUGUGCAAGAAGGAACUGAAGAGAUCGUUUAUAUUUCACACCUCACUGAAUGAAAUAUAUAAAAUUUUAUUAUUUGGUUUUAUGUGAAGCAUGUUGUAAUGGGGGUGCAUAGACGCGCUAGGGACCUCUCCAGGUAUCUUAAAUGCAAUAAGAAAGAGUGUC